AUGGAUGUCGAUCGCCCAGAGCUCCUCCGCCGUCCUUCGACUCCGGACCAGCACGGACGCUCCUCCUUUUCCUCUAUUCGUGAAGACAGCUGUGGUCCAGCCCAGACCUUCACAUCCUCCAAGGUCUCGUCUUACGCCACUGCUCACGAGAACGCCAUCCUUGACGAUUCGCCAACUCCCUCGCCGCCCGCCAUCGAUAUGGCUGAGGUUCAGUUCCUACCACCCGUCACCUUGCCCAACAGCAGGCUGCAUGGCAACUGGUUCCCCGCCAACAACUUCAAGGGAUGGAAGCAAAUCAAUGUCAAGGGGAAGACGGCGAGCCGCAGCUUCGGUGAUCUCCAAGCCCUGCACAUGGCAUGGAGCACCCCGCCAGCACCGUCUAAGGGAAAGAGCAAGUUUAGUCUCGGUAGCGCGCCCAUUGAGAAGCUACCUCUCGAGCUGCUCGGCUCCAUCAUUGAGCUCCUCGUGCUCGAUGUGCCCCCGCCAAACGGCGUCACCCGCCGCAAUGUCGAUCUCAUGUCUCUGCUGUUGACCUCCAGGACCAUGCACGGCGCGACCCUCAAUGCUCUCUAUAGGAACAUCACCAUCCCCCACUCGAGAAUCUUCCGCAAGUUCCUCGCCAACACCACCGAACACCCCGCCCUGCUCCCCGUCCUGCCCAAGACGCUGCGCUCGCUGAGCCUGAAGGGGAGCCGCAUGGAGGAGUCGCACAUUGAGCUGCUGCGGCCGUUGACGAAGCAUCUUGAGGAGCUCGCUUUUGGACGCAAUUUGGGCGUCAUGGCGGCGUCCAAGCUGUUUGUGCCGGCGGAGAAGGACGAAGAAGACACCCACAUGACUGACGCAGGCGAUGCCGAGACCGAGGAGGAGGAGCCCGAGGAACCUUGCGCCCUGCGCUACGUUGACUUUUCGGACCUCUGGGGCAGUGAGCUCGACCUCGUCGAUCUCUUCUCGAAGAAGUGCAACCUGCUGCAGGCAACGUCGAACCCGCUCGAGGUCAUUGAGGUGUCGGAGCAGUCAUUCAAACCCCUGUCGCGCAACAAGACGCUCGAACGCAUCGGGUGGACGCUGCAGGAGAUUGGCAGCAGGUGCUGGAUGGUGCGUCUGCACAAGGACGGCGACCGCGGCCACCGCUGGUGGAAGAUGGGCGCCGACCACUGGGGCAUGCGGAAGAUUCCCGUGGCGCGCGCCGAUGUCGGCGGCAUGUACGGCUCUUUCAUGUUUGGCCGAAAGCUCUGA